CUUUUCUUGUUUUGUAGGGACCCUCUCCAUCUUCUCUCCACCGUCCGCUCGUGCCGCCGCUGCCUUCACCGGCCGCCAUGUGGAAGCGCGCCACCUCCCUCCUCCUCCGCCACCACCGCUCCGCCCUGCUCCCCCGAUCCCCGGCGGUCUCCGCUGCCACCGUGCCUGGUCUCCGCCGUACUCCGGCGCCCCUUUUCUUCUCCACUCUCGAUGCGGCCCGGACGAGGACUAGGGUUGAGGACGUGAUGCCGAUCGCUACGGGGCUCGAGCGCGAGGAGAUCGAGGCCGAGCUCCAGGGAAAGAAGAGAUUCGACAUGGACGCCCCCGUCGGUCCCUUUGGCACCAAGGAAGCUCCUGCUGUGAUUCAGUCAUACUACAACAAAAGGAUUGUUGGUUGUCCUGGCGGUGAAGGAGAAGAUGAGCAUGAUGUGGUGUGGUUUUGGUUGGAGAGAGGCAAGCCACAUGAAUGCCCGGUCUGUACUCAAUAUUUCACGCUUAAUGUGAUUGGAGAAGGAGGAUCACCUGAUGGACAUGAUGACGACGACGACCACCAUCAGUAAGGUUCUGUAGGACAUGGCAAUAAAUGGGGUGCCUGAUACAGUUUUUGUCGCAGCGUUGUGAAGCUGUGGAAAACUUCAGCCUUUGGGCCUUAUAGAGUUCAGUAGACCAUGUCAACCUGAUUAUCCCAUAGCUUGGAAGCUGGAGUAAUCACUUAAGAAACUCGGCUAUACAAAUAAUGGAAUUCGUUACGCAACAAUGUACUUUUGCUAUUCAAUCAGAUGUUGUGCUGAAUCAAGAUAAAAAAAAGCAUAUUUGUCUGGUUGAUUCUA